UCAUGGACUGUGGAACUGAAGCGGCGAGAGGAACGGUGCUGCUGGAAGGACUCGCUCUUAUAAAGGAAUACUUUUAAAAUAACGACAAAAUAGAGGAUUUUUGGCUUUUUUGGAAAGCUUUCCCAUCGCCUCCCUCUUCCAUAUACCCACACGCGCGCGCACGCACGCACGCGCGCACACACCACACAGGCGCGCGCGCACAAUGUCCACAGUGUCUACGCGUUCCUACGCAGCCCGGGCGCUUUUCAGUCUUUGAUUUUUUUUAUUUUAUUAAAACGUAUUGUUAUUAUUCGUAUCAUUAUUAUUAUCAUUGUUACGUUUCUUUCAGUCGGAGGAGAGCAUCCAGCCAACUUUCCCUUUCGCCUGCUCCCCCUUCAGAAGUCAUGGAUGUAUCAUGGCUCGGCUCGGCUCUGAGGAUUUUCAGGCUUUUGUGGCUCCUCUCCUCCGCCGCGUCUCCGGCCGCCUCUCUAGGCUCCAUGCUGGACUGCCCACCGACCUGCAGCUGCUCGCCCACCGAGAUCCACUGCAAUAAGUCGGACAGCGGUAGCUUCUUCCCGCUGCUCGCCCUGCACGACACCGGUGGCACCAACGGCAGCAGCGGCGGCGACAUCGAGGACCUGUUCAAGAACAUCACGUCCAUACACAUAGAGAACUGGACAGGACUGCAGAUUCUAAAGGAUAUGGACAUGGAGCUGUACACAGGACUGCAGCGGCUGACUAUCACAAACUGCAAUCUACGAACAAUUCAAGCUCGUGCUUUUGCACAAAAUCCCCAUCUCCGUUACAUAAAUCUAUCCAAGAAUCCACUCACCACUCUUUCCUGGCUGCUCUUCCGGCACCUGCAACUGGUCGAACUGAGGCUGGAGGGGAUUGUGUUCGAUUGUGGUUGUGGAAUCCGCUGGAUCCAGCUGUGGCAGCAGAGAGGAGAAGCAGGCUUAAACACCCAGCAGCUCUACUGCAAGAAUGGAGCCUACAAGAUCCGCCUGCGGGCAAUGAGCAUUGCUCACUGUGACCUUCCUGAUAUCAAUGUAACUCACAGUAACCUGACGGUGAUGGAGGGAGACAACAUCACGGUUAGCUGCAAUGGUUCAGGAUCUCCAUUGCCUGAUGUGGACUGGACCGUGAAUGGACUUCAUUCUAUCAACACACAUCAGUCAAAUGUUUAUUGGCCGAAUAUUCACUCCAUCAACCUCACUCUUGUUAAUGUGAGCCGGGAUGACAACGGCUUUAUACUGACCUGCAUCUCGGAGAACAUGGUCGGGAUGACCAAUAUAUCUCUUCAGCUGGCAGUGCAAUUUCCUCCAGUGAUCUUGAAGUUGGAGGAGCCUGAGCGUAGACACCACACCUGCAUCGAGUUCACUGUGCGGGGCUUUCCACACCCCACACUGCGCUGGCUCUACAAAGGCCAGGAAAUCCAGAGCCCGUACAUCCGCACUGAAAUGGACAUCUACCAGGACUACCUGGAGGGCUGCCUGACCUUCGAGAAUCCUACACACUAUGAUAACGGAAACUACACACUGGUGGCCACUAACCCCCUUGGCUCGGUCUCCAAAACUGUCUUUGGACAUUUCCUGGAGGCACCACCAUUUCUGGAUGAGGAGGGUAAGAGUUUUUUAGAAUAUGACAAAUGCUGUUUGAAAAGAGAGAAAUUCCAAAUAAAAAACUUUCUCUUCUUUCCAACAGACCCUACACCUGGCAAUGAUGCAAACAGACCGGAGGAGGACUCUUUUGGGAUGUCCAUAGCUGUGGGAUUGGCCGGAUUUGGCUGUGUGUUCCUCAUCGUCAUGUUUGUGCUAAUUAACAAGUAUGGCAGGCGCAACAAAUUUGGAAUGAAAGGUCCAGUAGCAGUGAUCAGUGGUGAGGAAGACUCGGCCAGUCCUCUUCAUCACGUUAACCAUGGCAUAGUCACACCCUGCACGCUAGAUGCCGGACCAGACGCUGUGGUCAUCGGAAUGAGCCGCUUCCCUGUCCUGGAGAAUCCGCAGUACUUUCGGCACGGACACACCUGCAACAAGCCCGCCACCCACGUCCAGCACGUGAACCGGCGGGACAUUGUUCUGAAGCGUGAGCUGGGUGAGGGUGCUUUCGGAAAGGUUUUCCUGGCAGAGUGCUACAACCUCAGCCCUACCAAGGAUAAGAUGCUGGUAGCUGUCAAGACUCUGAAAGAUCCGACCAUGGCUGCUAGGAAGGACUUCCAGAGAGAGGCCGAGCUACUUACUAACCUCCAGCACGAGCACAUCGUCAAGUUUUAUGGCGUGUGUGUGGACGGUGACCCCCUCAUCAUGGUGUUUGAGUACAUGAAGCAUGGAGAUCUCAAUAAGUUUUUGAGGGCCCACGGUCCAGAUUCCACAAUCUUAGUGGACGGCCAUCCGAUGCAGAGCAGUGGGGAGCUGGGUCUUUCACAGAUGUUGCACGUUGCCACUCAGAUUGCAGCUGGGAUGGUGUAUCUCUCCUCCCAACACUUUGUGCACCGCGACCUGGCCACACGAAACUGCCUGGUGGGGAACGGCCUACUGGUCAAGAUUGGAGACUUCGGCAUGUCCAGGGACAUCUAUAGCAUGGACUAUUAUCGGGUGGGCGGCCACACCAUGCUGCCCAUUCGCUGGAUGCCUCCCGAGAGCAUCAUGUACAGGAAGUUCAGCACAGAGAGUGACGUGUGGAGCUUCGGUGUUAUAAUGUGGGAGAUCUUCACCUACGGGAAACAGCCGUGGUUUCAGCUGUCCAAUAACGAGGUCAUCGAGUGCAUUACACAGGGCCGGGUUUUGGACCGGCCCCGCCUUUGUCCCAAGGAAGUUUACGACCUCAUGCUGGGCUGCUGGCAGAGAGAGCCGCAGCAGCGACUGAACAUCAAAGACAUUCAGAAAGUCCUUUAUGCUUUGGGCAAAGCCACACCUGUCUACUUGGACAUCCUCGGCUAACGCUGGUGCGUUUUAUUCUCGCCAGAGGCCAACGCAAUCCAGGAAUAACCAAACAGCCCCUAACCUUACUACUCCACUGUAAAAUCACCUACACGCUGGGGAUGGACUUAAGUGCCUGCAACACCUUUUUCAAUACACUGGAAUAAAAAAGACAAAAAAAUAUUUAAAAACAAGUACUUUUACAUUUUGUUUACUCGUACAGUAUAUAGUGUACAGAAUUCUAUGAAGAUAAACAUUUUCCUAAAAACUGAUGAACAAAAAGACAACAACAUUGUGUAAAGGAAAUGUUGCCUUUGCCAUGGCAACUAUGUGUCUAAUGAACAAAGCUUUCCAGUGUUUCAUUUUAUAAACGUAUAUAUACAUAUAUGAAUAUAUUUUUAUUUAUUUAGUUUAAUUUUGGAAGGUAUGGGUGCCUGUCGUGUUCAGCGCUGUCGAUAGAUCUUUCAACAUUUUUUUUUCUGAUUUUGUUGUUUUUUUCGAGCUCGGAAAAAAGCCUUACUAAAUUUGGGUUCUUUUAUCUCGUUAUUAUCUUCGUUUACUUUUCUUCUUUUUACAAUGGGCGAUUUUGGUUUGUCAGUGAAGAGUUCUUGAGUGGGAAACAUCUUUAGAAUACUAAAAUAUAGGUAUAUUUUAAUUGUAUGUGACUGUACAUACUGUAAAUUUAUAUACUUGUCGACUUAACUUAUUUUUGUUUUCUUUAUAUGGUUGUUUUUUUGUUUCUUCUUUCAACCCAGUGGUUGGUUGGUAGCAUAGACUUUCUAAACACUCAACCAUAAGAGGGCAUAAAUAUUGUUCAGUGUGACCACUAGUGCAACACUUAAUCCCACGCUUUAUGGUCAGUUUAUUUCUUACAUGGAGCCUGUCUGCGAGACGCUGAAGGCAAGUGAACGUUUGUGGGGGAAAUAUCAGCUCCCUACAAAUGAUAUUAAACGGUAUACCGCUUUAUUUUCUGAGUUGCAAAAAAAAAAUCUAAUGUGGCAAAGACAAACUGCAGCCUUCCUGUCACGAUUCUAAAAGGACACCCAUUCGAAGCAAUGUUUUUUGCAAAUCUUCAUAGUAUGUGAUAUCAGUGCCAUUGCAUCUGAAGUUAACGAUCUCACGGUGUUGUCGUCUGUAGCGAAACAAUUCUGUGUUCUUUUUGCGAUGGGUGUGUCUGUAGUUAUUUUACACCAAAUCUUAUCGCAACGUCACCAUUUUACUUCAGAAUUCUCUCUUGCCUCUUUGCAGUACCCGAAACGUUUGCUAAAGACAAACGGAAAAAUGUAUGUUUAGAUUAUGUAUUAAAUAAAUAUUCAAAAUCUGGUCA